GGAGGUCAGACGUAUCGCGUGCCGCGCCCUCGCCAGCUCGCGUACGAAAUGUGUGACAAUAAGUGUUGCUUCCUCUUUGUUAUCUAAUAUUUUGAUGUGUUUAUAAGCAAAUAUAUAUAUACUGUAUGAUAAUUAAAUUUAAGGCUAUAUUACAUUCUAGCUGUUGUCGUAAUUGUAUUGUAAAUUUUCUCGAAUAUAAAUAUUUGUCUGAUAACAUAUCUAUGAAAGGAUAAUACAGAUGAGCGCCGAAGCCGGUGCCACAACCCUGCCCAACGGAUGCCGUGAGCUCUAGCACCGAGAGCGCACGACGUCGCCGUGAUGAGCACAACCCGCCAUAAUGCGUCGGCGGCCAUUUUAAACCGGAGACGAACGCGUUUGUCGGCUCGAGAUGGCCGUCAGCCGCGGCUCCCACGCACCAGGCCAUCCUGCGCACGCGCGCCCUCAAACCCCCCAGCACUAUGAAAUGUGGAAACAUAGCAAGUGGCGAAAGAAAACGUCACCACCAAGGACAAACGUUGCUGUUAGGGUGCCCAGAUAGAGACAGUGCACCGUGAUAUAUAUAGAGGCCUAAGUGUUACUGUUUUGUGUAAAUAUAGUGGUGUGUAAAUGUUAAGUAUGGGGGAGGUUAGAGGCUUGCGUACACCGCUGCUAGAGUGUGGUGGAGAAUACGCCCACCAACACAAGGCGACGGCUCCACGGUGCUGCUUCUGGCUGGCCAGCCACGUCAACUUGAAGAAAUGCGUCUUAGGCAUCAUGUUAUUAUCCGUCCUCACCAGUUUCUUCUAUUCAUAUUACGUUACAGUGCCGUUCACGAGUCUGGUGUGGCGUGAUCGUGUGCCUCGCCCUUUGGCACAGUGCUCACUGCUCGCCUCGCAGCAACAGCAAGCUGAGCGUGACCAUCGCUCGGAUGCACGUCUGCGCAUCGAUGCAAAAGUACUUGUCAUCGUGGAGUCAGCCUACUCGAAACUUGGACGCGAUAUCGCCGAGCUGCUUGUCGCCAACCGUAUACGGUACAAAUUAGAAGUAGCGGGCAAGAGCCUGCCCGUGCUUACUACUUUGGACAAGGGGCGCUACGGUGUGAUCGUGUUCGAAUCUUUGUCCAAAUAUGCCAACAUGGACAAAUGGAAUCGAGAACUACUCGACAAGUACUGCCGGGAAUAUUCCGUCGGCGUCGUGGGAUUCGCGACUCCUGGAGAAGAAACGCUCGUUGGGGCGCAGCUUAAAGGAUUCCCGCUCUUCAUGCACACCAACCUUAUGUUGAAGGAAGCAACUUUAAACCCCUCGUCGCCGGUGCUACGGCUGGCGCGCGCCGGGGAGACGGCUUGGGGAGCGCUGCCCGGAGACCACUGGACCGUGUUCCGGGCUAACAGCACCACCUACGAACCGGUAGCCUGGGCGCUGCGCCAAAACGAAUACGCCUCCACCGAAGAGCGCAUGCCACUAGCAACCGUGAUCCAAGACCACGGUCGGCUGGAUGGUGUACAGCGGGUGCUAUUCGGAUCGGGGCUCCAAUUUUGGCUGCACCGGCUGCUGUUCCUCGACGCCUUAAGUUAUCUCAGCCACGGGCAGCUCAGUCUCAGUCUAGAGAGGUGGAUCCUCGUCGAUAUUGAUGACAUCUUUGUUGGCGAAAGAGGUACACGUCUUCAUGAAGAGGACGUGGCAGCAUUGUUAGCAUCACAGGCAGCGCUACAGAGGCUGGUACCAGGAUUCCGCUUCAACUUAGGAUUCAGCGCCAAGUACUACCACCACGGCACCACACUUGAGAAUCGUGGAGACGACGCGUUACUGAAAAACAGAGAACACUUUACAUGGUUUUGCCACAUGUGGAAUCAUCAACAGCCGCAUCUUUACAACAAUGUAUCCCAACUAGAAGCGGAGAUGAUGUUAAACAAACAAUUCGCAAUCGAGCACGGCAUUCCGACCAAUUCCUGUUACUCAGUUUCACCUCAUCAUUCAGGAGUGUAUCCGGUACACGAACCUCUGUUUGAAGCCUGGAGAAAAGUAUGGGACGUUAAGGUGACGAGCACAGAAGAAUACCCCCAUUUGAGACCCGCAAGAUUACGGCGCGGGUUCCGUCAUAGAGGAGUGAUGGUGCUGCCACGUCAGACCUGCGGGUUGUUCACCCAUACCCUACUGCUGGAACGGUACCCCGGUGGAAGGCAAAGGCUCGACCGUUCCAUUCAAGGCGGAGAACUAUUUCAGACUGUCAUCAAUAAUCCAAUCAACGUGUUUAUGACGCACAUGUCCAACUACGGCAAUGAUCGACUCGCACUCUACACUUUCGAGUCGGUGGUCAAGUUCCUGCGGUGUUGGACCAAUGUACGCCUCGCCUCCGCCCCUCCCUUAGCGCUUGCAGACAAAUACUUCCAGCUGAGGCCCGACGAACUUAAUCCAUUGUGGGGGAAUCCAUGUGACGACAUUCGUCACCGGCGCAUAUGGUCGAAGAGCAAAUGGUGCGGCACCUUGCCCAAGCUCCUCGUGAUUGGACCGCAGAAAACAGGCAGCACGGCUCUGUAUACGUUCCUCGCGAUGCAUCCAGCGCUUGUCCCCAACCUGCCCAGCCCCACCACGUACGAGGAGUUGCAGUUCUUCAACAAUAAUAAUUAUUUGAAGGGAUUAGAUUGGUACUUAAAUUUCUUCCCGCCGAGCUUGGGGAACAGCACACAAAUGACUUUUGAGAAGUCGGCUACGUACUUCGAUGGUGAGCUGGUGCCGCGUCGGGCACACGCACUCCUUCCCAACGCCAAAGUCAUUGUCAUACUAAUAUCACCGUCAAAAAGGGCCUACUCGUGGUACCAACACAUUCGCUCGCAUGGCGACCCGGUGGCCAAUAACUAUACUUUUUACACUGUCAUCACUGCCAACGACUCCGCACCUAAACCACUCAAGGACUUAAGAAACCGCUGUUUGAAUCCCGGCAAGUACAGUCACUACUUGGAGCGCUGGUUGGCAGAGUUCAGUAGUCACCAACUACACAUCAUUGACGGAUCCCUCCUGCGGUCGGAACCCGCUACGGUCAUGAACACGCUCCAGAAAUUCCUCAAAAUACCACACAUAGACUACAAUAAACUGCUCAAGUUCGAUGCGAAGAAAGGCUUCUUCUGCCAAGCAGUGAGUAACGAGAAAACGAAAUGCCUCGGCAAGUCCAAAGGUCGGAUAUACCCGCCAAUGAACGAGCUGUCGGCCAAAUUCUUAAAGCGAUACUACACGCCCCACAAUACAGCUCUAUCGAAAAUACUAGUGAGAUUAGGUCGUCCCGUGCCACAGUGGCUCAAAGACGAGCUCUCAUCCAAUGGAUAGCAUAUCUUACAACCUUAUAGGUUGGAACAAAUUAACAGAACACACAGACUCGUCAAAGUCUGUGUUAUGACCAUGCCGUGACGGACUGGUGGAAUGGUGACAAAUGUAAUUUUAACUGUGAGCGUAGUACGCGUUACGCAUUGUUGUUUUUUCAAAGUGUUUCGAUGUGAGAGUAUCUUUGUUGAAAAAUGUCUUUGUCUAUCGAUUCUUGUAAUAUAAUGUUUAAAGAGUGAUAUUAUAAAUGACUUAAUGUUCUUGCUCUGUUUUCGAGACGAUGAAAGAUAUAAUUAUCAUUAUAGUUUGAAUAUUACCGUCGUAUAUUGUAGAGAACGGCUCUGCGAUCCCUGCGAAGCAGCUAGUUAAACUUUGCUUGCCUGAAUCAUGUUGUUUCUUAGCCAUGUUAUGGAGUGGUGACCGGCAGCUUUUAUUAUUUAACUGUCGGAUUAGGUGCUAUUUGUUAGUAGUAUUGCAACCUUGGACAUUUCUCUUAAUAUUACGAAUAUUUCUUAUAUUUUAUUUUUCUUUUAAGUAGAAUAUUUUGUUUAUAUAAUUAGCGAUUAAUUAAACGUACGCAACUAUUUAUUUCAUUGCCAUAUUACUUGUUUGUAUACAGUGACAGGACGCGAUGGUAUUCUCAUUCCAUGCUAUAACUGGCUAGGUUCGAGAUUGUAUUCUAGUUCGUUUUAAUUACAAUGUACGUACCUGAUGCAAUUUUUAAAUAUAUAGUUAGAUUAUUUGGUUCAUGUCGAAUGUUUUAGCAUUAAAUUUAUAAACGUCUAUGUCUGUCUGUGCCAUACAUAAUGUUCAAUGUAACGGCACUAAUGCAAUAAUUUCUGUGUACUUAUGUAACUGGAAAUGCAAACUUGACAAUAGGACAAGCAGCUAGUCUCCUUAGUUUAGUUCGUCAUUACAUAUAAUUUUCUUGAUCACGAUAGAACAGUCAUAUUCCUAUUUUCUUUUGUGUGUCACGUGAAUGUUUUUAUAAUUGUGAAUGUCUGUCAUAAACCAAUCAAUAAUAUAUCAGUUUUGUUACCGUUUUAGUAGUAAGAAUUUAUAAUAUACAUAUUAAAAAUGUGGCGUUAUAUUUUAAAUAAAAUAUCAAUUGUGACAUAAUAAUGAAUGAAUCAUAAAAUGUAUUUGGUAUAUAUUUUGAUAUGGAUGAAUUUAUUGGCGAGGUGACUCGAUAGGAGAUGAGUUAAAGCAGAUUGUAUAGGAAACAUUAUUUUCUGUUGUAUUAGGUACUUAAGAAUUAUUAAUGUUAUUUUCUCCCGAACAAUAGGAAAGCACAGACAUAUUAUAUGAGAUUUGUAUUUUAUAAUGAUACAUUAAUGUUUUUAUGUAUUAUAUAGUAAAUGCAAGAUAUUCAGUCAUAUGUUUUUUUUUUUUUUGGAAUGUUCACUUUCUCGUUAAGAAAUUCAAUGUUCCAAUUAUUGGCAAAUGUUACGUAUCAGAUAGAAAGCCCUUACGAAACGAAGUAUGAACGCAAUUUGGUGUUUCUUUAAACAAAAUUCAAGGUGUGUAAUUUGUUAACACCUGAAGGUCAUUAUUCUGUCGUUGAUAGAUUGUUCCUGUGGAAUGGUUGUUUACUUGGCAAUAAUAGUUGCUUUCCACUGAACUCUAAACAAAGGGUAAAGUCCACCAACUCAUUAAUUUCUAUUGGAAACUAUUGUUGAUAUUUUAUGUGAAAACAUUAUUUACGAUACAGCCAAUGACUGCUCUUAAAAUGUGUUCUUUAUAAGAAAUUAAUACAUUACUUAU